AUGUGGGUUGCCUUGGCAUGGGGCGUCGCCGCGGCGAUGGCCGCAGACCGCGAGACGUGGACCAACUGGGACACGCGCCAGGUGUGCCACCCCGCAGCGCACGCGCGCCCGUCGAGCCUGCCCGAGCUGCAGGCGGUCGUGGCCCAAUCCAGCCGCAUCCGCGUCGCCGGCGCCGGGCACUCG